AUGAAGCGACAGCUUGCAGCAGUUCAACAAAGGAAAGCAAAUAAAUUGACGCAAGAAGAACUCUUUGCCAGUUUGGCAGAGUAUCAACUGGACCCGAGAAAAAUAAAUCAACUAGGAUCGUCUAGUCAUAUGCAAGAAAAGUUGAAGAAUUCUAACGAAGACGAGGAAGAUAACACUGGUGCUGAGGGUUGCGAGGCAUCCACUUCAACAUCUCAACCAGAGCUGGAGGCACCUUCAUGUGUAAUUAGUGUGGAGGAGGAUAAACAAAAAGAAGCGAUGAGUAACACAGAUGAAAAAAACAAUUCUGGAUCAUCUUAUACUGAAAAUGAGCCUAGCGGUAGUGCAGAAAAUGCUGCGCCAAAAGUGCAGAUCCCCCCGAAAGUAGGUUUUAUCUGUCAAUGCUUUUAUAUUUAGUA